CUUAAAGAGAUCAAAUGUGGAGUAUCAGCUCAGAUUCCAAAAGAAUGGAGGGAGGCUAGACAGAAAUUGUCAACAGUUUAUCAAGCAGAGAAAUCAAAAGGAAAUAAAGUGAAAUUUGUCGGUGAAAAUUUGUAUGUUAACGGUGUAAUCUAUAAAUCUUCCCAUAUUAGUGCAUAGAGGAGUCGAGAGGAGCUAAGUAUCUUAAGUUGGAACAUAAAUGGACUUUCAAGGAAAAUUUCGGAUUUAGACUUUUUGAAUAAUAUUCAGUCAUAUGAUAUCAUCAUAUUAUCAGAAACUUGGAUCUCAAAAAACACAUGUUACAAUUUAGACAUAAACGGAUAUAGUGCAUUUCAUUUAUAUGGAAACAAAUCCCCAAAUACUACAAAGGGACGCUAUUCAGGUGGCAUAUCAUUGUAUUAUAAAUCAAAUUUAAAGGACAAAAUUUCUGUUGUCGAAAGUCACCAAUGUGGUAUUAUUUGGACUAAAAUAUGUAAAACAUUAUUUCACUUUAAUAAUGAUGUUUUUAUUUGUAGUACAUAUAUUCCUCCAUAUACAUCAAAUGUUAUUAGGCAUAAUGAUGUAAAUAUUUUUGAUUUAAUAGAAUCAGGUAUUGAGAAAUACAAAUUAUUAGGAAAAGUAUUUAUAAAUGGAGAUCUUAACUCUAGAACUGCAAACGAGCGCGAUUUUAUCAUUUACGAUAGGUUUUUAGAUUCAAAUUAUGAC